AUGUGGGAGUUCAGGUCCAUGUCUUUCUGGCGGGCGGUGUUUGCUGAGUUCUAUGGCACAAUGUUCUUCGUGUUCUUCGGGCUGGGGGCGGCCCUCCGCUGGACCACCGGGCCCCAUAAUGUUCUUCAUGUUGCCUUUUGCUUUGGUUUGGCGGCCGCCACCUUCAUCCAGUCUAUUGGCCACAUCAGUGGAGGACACAUCAACCCAGCCGUUACCUUUGCCUACCUGAUUGGCUCUCAGAUGUCCCUGUUCCGUGCUUUCUUCUACAUCAUUGCCCAGUGUCUCGGAGCGCUGGCUGGUGCUGCUGUGCUCUAUGGGGUCACACCCAGCAACAUGCGGGGAAACUUGGCACUGAACACGCUGCAGCCAGGCAUCAGCUUGGGCAUGGCCACCACAAUUGAGAUUUUCCUCACCCUCCAGCUUGUCGUCUGCAUCUUUGCUGUGACAGAUGAGAGACGCAACGGACGCCUGGGCUCUGCUGCUUUGGCCAUUGGCUUCUCUGUGCUCAUGGGGCAUCUUCUUGGGAUGUACUACACUGGAGCAGGAAUGAACCCUGCAAGGUCCUUUGCUCCAGCUGUUCUGGUCAGGAAUUUUGUCAACCAUUGGGUGUACUGGGUGGGUCCUAUGAUUGGUGGUGCCAUGGGUGCCUUGCUGUAUGACUUCAUGCUGUUCCCUCGUUUCCGUGGUCUCUCCGAGAGGCUCGCCACACUGAAGGGCGCCCGACCCCCAGAGGCCGAUGGCCAGCAGGAGACCAGGGGAGAGCCCAUCGAGCUCAAGACACAGGCCCUAUAAGCCCGGAGUUAGAAGAUUGGCUUUUCUGAACCCCCUCCUCCUGCCCACCUCAUCCCUCACCUGUCAUGCCUCCCUCUGCACCUGGUCCAUCCUCAGCCCACACACUGUUUUUGCACACAUACCUCCUCCCUGUCUCAACACAUGCUACUAUAGAUCCCGAACAUUUUGUUUUCCCUUUUUUGAAUC